AUUUGGUGUACAGAAGCAAGUGGGGAGGGAUGAGUUUUUGUGGCAUUAAAUUUUUGAGUGUGGCUGGUUAUAUAUUAGCAUUGCAUCGUUACGUCCCGCUAUUUUGUGAAGUCUCAGAUUGAUUGAAGCGACUAAUUUACCCGGUUAUGAACGAUUCAGACUGUCGGUUCUAAUAAUUCGCACCAUUUGAGACUGCAGUUCACAGUGGUGGUUUCAUCAAGUUACUGGAGUUGUGCUUCAAUGAACAAGCUUUGAGGUCUGUGCCAAUGGAUUUAGAACUUCCAGAUUAUUUCUGAAAAUUUUCGACAUGCUUAGCAAGAUUCCUCAAGACUUUAGAAAAUUUGAAAGAAAUCGUUGCAAAUUGCACCAGAUCCUGUAUGAUACUCAGACAGCUUUGGAUGAAAUAGCGUCAGCAAAUAUAUUUCCAGGUGAGGAUAUUAAAAAACAGAUGCUUUCAGCAUCUGUUCUCAAGGAACUUGACCAUGUCUUGACAAGUCUACCGGCAUUGAUUGUGACUGGACAAACCUGUAAAGCAAAAGUGCAGCUUGUUAAUGCUCUUUUGGGUGAACCUCUCCUGCCUUUCUGCAGCAACUUAUGGAGGUGGAUUUUGGUACGGUAUGGUCAUAGCAAACGAGCAUACACAACUUCAUUGCCAGAAUCAAAUAAUGCAGAAAGGCAAGAGCUCAGAAGUGGAUGGUUAUCUGUACCUGAAAACUAUUUUAAAAAACCAGAAAAUGAAAAGGUGGACGGCCUUAAAACAAUGAUGGUUAUUGAAAUAUGUCACCCACUACUUCAUGAAAAUAUCCAGGUAAUUGUGGUACCAGAUUGUGAAACUGCUCCAGUGAAUGUUUUCUCAAUGUUGGAUGAAUGUUUACCACAGAGGCUUCAGAUAUUUUUCUACUGCAUCGGUGAUGAGCAUCUAAAUGAGAAGCAUGUUCGUGAAUUACAGAAAAUGAAGGAAAUAUUUGGUGAGAAAGUGUUCUGCUUUGUUAUUACAUCACAAGUCAGAACACCUGAAAACUUGUGCAGCACAUACACGUCAUCACCUGUUGGUAAAAUGCUUGAGGCAGCUGCACGUAGUAUAGGUCACUCUUGUGAAGAUGCUAUGGAAAACAGGAUUUUAGUUGUGUUUCAUCAGUUAUCACUUAUUGGUUUCCACUUCAAAGAGUACUUGGAAUCCACCAUGCCAAAAAAGUCACUGAUCGACCAGGCCAGUGCUAAGUGUGAGAUAGUCGAUGAAAUUCAAUCACCUGAAAAGCUGUACUCAUAUAUACGUUCCUGUCUUUGUUCAUAUCUUAUUCAAGCUGCAAGUUCAUUGAAUGAGGUACAUACCCAUUGCUUGAGGCAGUUCAUAUUGUCUGCGUUUGAUAUGGCACGGGAGAUCCAAAUUACUCCAAAAAGAAUUCAUUAUGCUCAGAAAAAAGAAGAGGAGCUUUACAGAAAUUUGAUGAACUUUGCUUGUGAAAAACAAGAAGAGAUUCGUAGGCUGGUUGAAGUAAAACUUCAUGAAAUGAAAGAAAGUUUGAUUGAGAGUGCAGUCAACUACAAAUACCAAGCUGUUAAUCUCCUUGAGAACCAGGAUGUCAGAUCAGCCCAAUCAGUGCAUGUUGCUACAUCAGAGAUUCACUAUUUAAUACUGAGCCGUAUAAACAGUUCAGUGGCAACACAGAUAAUUCAGUCAGUAGAUUGUUUACAAGAUACCUAUGUCGGAACACUGCAGCGAUGUUUAGAGAGCUUAGAAAAAAAUUGUUAUGAACAAGAGGGAAAUCUUCUUGCCAGUGAUGCUGUAAGACAAAUACUGAAUGCUGCUUACAAUAUUGAGGUGAACCCUUCAAGUUCAUCUACGUUACUUCACUCUUUUAUGGAAAGACUAAGGAAGCUCCUGUAUUCAUUCAAGUUCCCUUGGGCUCUUCCACGGAGAUUGGAUGCUGACUGGAGAAAACAAGUUGCAACUGAAAUGAUAGACUCAUUGAGUCCAUCCCGCUUAGUUAAGAGCAUUUUUUCUAAUCAGUUUAAGGACCAAUUAAAUGCUUCACAUGCAGCCUUCACUGCUGCCCUGCGAUCACUCCAAAAUCACUACUCGGGGCGUCUGGAGCGAACAGAAGAACAACGUGUUGCUAUUCGCAAGUAUCAUGCACCAAAACUUGCACGACUUGCACUGGAAAGCACCUGCAUGUGUGACAUGAUUCGUUUUGGAAUGCCGCAGCUUGGAAAAGAGAUUGGAAGGGGGCAGUAUGGAGUGGUGUUCUCGUGUGAUUCUUGGGGCGGCACAGGUCCGUGUGCGGUGAAAUCUGUUGUGCCUCCUGAUGACAAGCAUUGGAAUGACCUGGCAAUGGAGUUCUAUUACACAAGGACGAUUCCAGAUCACAAACGGAUUGUUAGACUACGUGGGUCAGUAAUAGACAGCUCAUAUGGCGGAGGCUGUACACCGUCAGUUCUGUUAAUAAUGGAUCGUCUUUCACGUGAUCUUUAUUAUGGCCUACGGUCUGGACUGUCGUGGGUCACAAGACUUCAGAUUGCGAUUGAUGUUGUGGAAGGAAUCCGCUACCUGCACUCACAAGGAUUGGUACAUCGUGACAUUAAGUUAAAGAAUGUUUUGCUCGAUAACGAUAAUCGUGCCAAACUGACUGAUCUGGGUUUUUGUAUUCCUGAAGCUAUGAUGUCUGGCAGUAUUGUUGGCACUCCUGUUCAUAUGGCUCCUGAAUUAUUGUCUGGCCACUAUGACAGCAGUGUAGAUGUUUAUGCAUUUGGCAUAUUAUUUUGGUAUAUAUGUGCUGGCCAUGUGAAGCUGCCAAAUGUUUUUGAAAAUUUUCAAAAUAAGGAGCAACUGUGGACCAGCGUCAAAAGAGGUAUUCGACCGGAAAGGCUGGCCCAUUUUGAUGACCAGUGUUGGCAUCUUAUGGAGCAGUGCUGGUCAGGUGAACCGUCCAGGAGACCACUUCUGGGAUACGUUCAGCCUCUGCUCGAAUCUAUUCUCGAACAGUAUUCCCGACGAUUCUCUGAACAGCUCACACCAGAAUGAAGAGCUGAAGUUUCAAAUAUAUGCCAAAUAUACUUAGAUAAGGAUGAGGACCAUGAGGAGGAGGAGGAGAAGAAGAAGAAGAAGAAGAAGAAGAAGAAGCUCGUGAUCUAUCGCAGCCCAUUGAUAGGAGGAAUUUGGUAUGCGCUGCUGCUCCUGUUGGGUCAUCUUUCUUCAUAAUAAAGUAUCUAGACUGGUGAAGUUUUUUGUGGCUUGUGCGUUAUGAGAACUGUGUCCCUCAGUGCAGUAGCAUUUUUAUUGAUGACUUUAGGUUGUUCAACCAAAAAUCAGUAUUCGUUUUAUUACAUUUUAUUGCAGUUGAUGCAAAAAGUGAAAUUGGAAGAUGCUACAUCAUCAGCCUUGGUGAUUUACAUCAGAUUCAAUAUUUUUUCUGUAUUUAUUUUGUUUAUAUCUCAUGUGCUACUUUCUCAUUUAAGAGUCACUCAUUUUUCCUGUGUUUUAAUUGCAACAAUAAUUUAAAAAUACAUCUAACUACAUUUAGUCUCCAUUAUGAUGUAUGACAGCUGAACAAGAAUCUCUUCCCCCCCCCCCCCUCACACACACACACACACACACACACACACACACACACACACACACACAGACAGAGAGAGAGAGAGAGAGAGAGAGAGAGAGAGAGAGAGAGACUUAAAUUUCAUCUUAAAAUGUUUAGGAGUUGAAACUGUACAUAUUAAUAUGUAAAAGUUUAAUAUUUAUUGACAAAAAAAUAAAAUCAGUCUUAGAUAUGUGGAAAAGAGCUAUAUUUUCAUAAGCAUUUCAUUUUUUCCAUUUGGAAUGCAAGUGCUUCAGAAAUUAAGUUGCCUGUGCUACAGUGUGUUUAGUUAAAACAGGCAUUUACGUGUUUUAUGUUUACAGCACUUCCUUGGUUGAUUAUACUGUAAUUAAUGUUAAAAAAUAUUGUCGACUUAAGGCAGGAGAAAUUUAACUGGUACACCUGAGACCAUCUGUAAUGGCAGUACUGUCUUUAAUCACGUUUUUCACUAUCGUAAUUGAAACCUAAUCGAGAAAAGAAAAUUUUGCCCUUAUUUGGGUGUGACAAUCUUUCAGUUUCCAGAAAUCUUUUAUGUAACAACAAAUGGGCAAAAUGUCAAAAGAUACUGACUUCGUAGAAACACUUAAAGAUAAAAAGUUUAUGCCACAUAUCUUAAGAGGCUGUAUUUCAGAAAGAGUCUGAUAUUUAGUUUUGUAUCAUUAUAUAAAAUGCAGACAUGAAAAACCAUAUACACACCAAAAUAAUUAUUGUGAUGUUGCUUCAGUCUCAUCAUCAUGGUUUAUAAAUUGCAUACACACUUUUUUCUGUAUAUGAAAUUUGUGUAAUAGCAUUAAGUUACUUUUGCCUUAAUAAUAUUCACUUGCUUGUUUUCAAAUGGUACUUAGAUUUUAUAUGCAGUAAAAUGAUCACUGUUUUAACUUAUAUGCUUCCAUUUUUAUUUCCAGUUUUAAUGUUACAAGGCCUGUAGAAAUACUCUACAGUGAUUUACUCACUCAGAUCAUAAUAGUUGUGAAGCAUUUAUAUGUUUUUCUUUCUGUUUGACUGUGUAUGCAAUACAGAAUCACUCUGAGUACAGAAAUGUCAAACGUGAGCUUAUCGUACGUAAAUUUUGUGGAUUUCAUAGGUCAGGUUUGACUGCAACAUGAAAUGAUGAUUCAUUAAUACAAACUUCCACAGUUAAUGAUAAAGGACA